CAUCCAAACAGGCUUAAUAAAUUUAUUCAAAAAAGGUUUUAUUUCUUCUUAUUGCCAUUGGUAAUGGAAACUCAAAGUCAACUAGAAGUUACAGGGCAGACAAAGAUGCUUCCUCCACCACCUGGAGCAUUUCAAGAUCGUGAAGAUCUUAUUAAACACGUCCGUGACUUUGGUGCUAAUCAAGGAUAUGUGGUUACUAUCAAGAAGUCUAGGAAGGACAGAAGAGUCAUCCUUGGGUGUGACAGAGGAGGGAUUUAUCGUAAUAGGCGUAAGAUUGAUGAAAGCAAACGCAAAAGGAAAGCUAGUUCACGCCUUAUAAAUUGUCCUUUUGAAGCCAUAGGUAAAAAGGAAGAUGAUGUCUGGGUACUAACCAUAAAAAAUGGGGAACACAACCAUGAGCCAUUAAAAGACAUGUCAGAACAUCCUUAUAGUCGUCGUUUUACCGAGGAAGAGGUUAGGCAAAUCAAAGUUAUGACAGAAGCUGGUGUAAAACCUCGUCAAGUGCUUAAGGCUCUCAAGCAAGGUAAUCCGGAGCUGCAGUCAACACCAAGACAUUUGUACAAUCUCAAAGCAAAGAUCCGUCAAGGAAAUCUAUCAGAGAAAAGUUAUAAGUCAUGGAGGCCGAAUAGGUCUGUUCCCGUGGAAACAAAUACCACUCCAACUGGGGGUUCAAAGCAAAAUAACAACCAGCCGCUGAAGGUUCCUAAUUUUAUUGGAGGAAAAUUUGUGGAUUCGCAUGGCUGUUCGCUGAUUGACGUUUUAAAUCCUGCAACACAAGAGGUUGUUUCUCAAGUUCCUUUGACUACCUAUGAAGAAUUUAAAGCUGCAGUUGCUGCAGCAAAGCACGCUUUUCCUUUGUGGAAAAACACACCUAUUACCACUCGUCAACGUAUAAUGUUCAAGCUCCAGGAGCUCAUCCGCAGAGAUAUUGACAAGCUUGCUAUGAAUAUUACUUUAGAACAGGGUAAGACUCUGAAGGGUGCACAGGGUGAUGUGCUCCGUGGUUUAGAGGUGGUUGAACAUGCUUGUGGAAUGGCAACUUUGCAGAUGGGGGAGUUUGUUCCUAAUGCAUCUAAUGGAAUUGAUACAUACUGCAUUAGAGAACCAGUUGGUGUUUGUGCUGGGAUAUGCCCCUUUAAUUUCCCUGCAAUAAUUCCCUUGUGGAUGUUCCCAAUUGCAGUUGCCUGUGGUAAUACCUUUGUUCUUAAGCCAUGUGAAAAAAACCCAGGGGCUGCAAUGAUUCUUUCAGCAUUAGCAAUUGAGGCUGGUUUGCCUGAUGGUGUCUUGAAUAUUGUUCAUGGCACUCAUGAUAUUGUUAAUUAUAUCUGUGAUGACGACGACAUAAAAGCAGUAUCGUUCUUUGGUUCAAAUGCAGCUGGAAUGCACAUAUAUGCUAGGGCAGCUUCUAGAGGGAAACGUGUGCAGUCCAAUAUAGGAGGCAAAAAUCAUGCAAUUGUUAUGCCUGAUGCUAGCAUGGAUGCUACUUUGAAUGCUCUUGUGGCUGCUGGCUUUGGUGUUGCAGGACAAAGGGGCAUGGCUCUCAGUACAGCUGUUUUUGUUGGGGGUUCAAUUCCGUGGGAAGAACUUGUGGAGCGUGCUAAAGCCCUUAAAGUAAAUGCAGGAACAGAUCCCAAUGCAGACCUUGGUCCAGUUAUUACUAAAGAGGUAAAGGAUCGCAUAUGCAGAUUAGUACAGAGUGCUGUUGAAAAUGGUGCUAGAAUGCUGCUUGAUGGGAGAGACGUGGUGGUUCCAGGAUAUGAGAAUGGGAAUUUUGUUGGUCCCACCAUCUUAUGUGAUGUUACAACCAACAUGGAGUGCUACAAGGAAGAAAUUUUUGGACCAGUUCUACUCUGUAUGCAGGCUGACAGUCUAGAAGAGGCCAUAACUAUUGUGAACAGAAACAGGCAUGGAAAUGGAGCUUCCAUAUUCACAACUUCUGGCAUUCAUGCAAGGAAGUUCCAGAAUGAAGUUGAGGCUGGACUGGUUGGGGUCAAUGUUCCUGUACCAGUUCCAUUGCCAUUUUCUUCAUUCAACUGUUCAAAGCCAUCUUUUGCUGGGGAUCUCAAUUUUUGUGGGAAGGCAGGUAUGCAAUUUUACACCCAAAUUAAGACAGUGGCACAGCAGUGGAAGGAUUUACCAAUCCUAGGAGUGUCAGUUGUUGCACCCCCGUCAUCUGAAACAGACACAACAAGCCGAGGAGUAUCUUCAGCAUUGCCUCAAACUUCUGAGAGAGAUUCACCAAGCCAAAGAAUGUCACCAGCCAUGCCUCUGACAUCUGAAAGUGAUUCCCCAACCCAUGAAGUAUCGCUGCCUAUCCCUCCAAUAUCUGAGGCAGAUUUAUCAAACCCAGGGCUGCCAUCUAUGUCUCCAAGAGCUGAUAGUGAUUUACAAAGCCAGGAAGUGUCCAUGGUCUUGCCUCCAACAUCUGAGAGGGAUUUACCAAACUGUGAUAUGUCAGUAGCUAUGCCUCCGGUAACUGAAAUGGAUUUACGAAGUCAAGGAGUGCCAAUAUCCACACCCCCAUCAUCUGAUGGAAUGUAUAUGUCUCAGGCUCGGUGGAAUGACACUCAACCCUCAGUAUCUCAAAGGACUGAUAGUCUUCCACCAGCUUCUGAGAGGAUUCAUGUACCUACAUCUCAGAGGAAUGGCAUCACAUCCCCAGCAUCUCAACGAGAUGCUGCUUUGGCCUUGACUUCUGAAGGGGUAUAUGUUCCUACAUCCCAUACACUAGACAAUAUGGGUCCAAUAUCCCACAGGAACGACAGUGUGGCUCCUACAUCUCAUAGGAUUGACACUACAGUGCAUCCGACUUCGGACAGGGUAUUCAUGCUGGCAGCAUCUCACUUGAAUGACAGAAUGGGUCAAACAUUUCAAAGUACUGACUCUACCAUGUUUUCAACUUCUGAGAGGCUAUACAUGACUGUCACAUCUCACCUGAAUGACCAUAUGGGUUCAACGGCACAGAGGACUGAUAAUAUUGCGUUACAUCCAGCGUCGGAGAGGAUAUACAUGUCUGCAACAUCUCAAAGGAAUGACAACUUGGCUCCGGCUUCUCAGCGGGCUGACUCUGUUCCUCCUGCUGAGAGAAUGUACAUAUCUCCAAUAGUUCAGAGAAACUCUGUUAUGCCUCCGACAUCUGAGAGGUUAUAUAUUCCUGGGACAUCUCAGAGGAUGUAUUCUCAGGACCCCAUGAUGUCAAUAGAUGAGUUUCCCAGCCAAGGGGCAUCACUGACUUUGCCAACAUCUCAGAGAAUAUAGAAUAUUCCAUGAUACAAAUUGUUUUCCAUUUUAGGAUCCUUAUAGACAAAUUAGUCUCAUAAUGCCAAAUAAGUUUAUUUUCUUUUUUUAAAGUACAAAA